AAACAAAGCCCCUGCUGUCCUUUAGUAUAAUGAGGUAGCGUAGGACGACCAUGGACAAAAGACAACCCGUGACCGUGCCAGUCCUUGCCAGUCUGCCGCCACAGUAACAACUCAGCGGCGCCGCACCACGUAUACCCUGCCGCCCAGAUCUGUCACGGGGAAACAUUCGUGACGCGUUGAGUUCAGUUUGCUAUCACAUGGCAAACAUGUUCUUGACGUUACUACUGGUGACGCUGCUGACAGACUGCAGCAAAGGUAGAACUCUAGACGGUGGGAGGGGAGCUUCAAGUUUUAGACCUCAGUAUCCCAUGGAGAUCGCUGAUAGGGACGCUCACAAUGGAGGCAUCGUGAUUGGACUCAAUGACAUCCAAACAGGCGGGAUGGAGAAAGGUGGGGAUGAUGGAUACAGCAUAGCGACCAGUGAAUCACCCGACAGUGAUCCACCUAGUGGAGAGGUGGAGAAUAACUACAUCGCCUCAGUAGGGAACGUUGCAAUCGACGAGAACGUUGACAACGAAGAAGAAGAAGGGGUUUCGUAUGAACGCAUGGAUCCAGAACCUGAGGAAAACAAUAGUUUUGAUGUUGACUUGUUCCAAGGAGAAAGUGACUUAGUAGUGAUUAUGAGACGUAUGUACGAAUCACUUACUAAAAGACUGAAUCUGCUCAAGUCCCGAGUGACGAGCGUGGAGCAGACUGCAAGAGACAUUCUAGCCAGGCUGACGGUAAUGGACUGUUCAGACCUGAAACGAAGCACAAGUGGCUCUGGCAGCUAUGAGUAUACCUUCCACAUGGACCACAACGGAAAGAGGCCAGUCACUGUCAUCUGCGACAUGGAAACUGAUGGUGGAGGCUGGACGGUGGUGCAGCGACGCCUCCCCCACUCAAAGGCUGUCAACUUCGACCGGAGCUGGCAUGACUACAAAGUUGGUUUCGGUCACGCCAGUACAGAUUACUGGGUUGGACUGGAGAAUUUGUACAUCUGGACUAACGCGAGACACUAUGAGUUACGCAUCGAGUUGUCAGAUUUCGAUGGGGAUACUGCCUACGCCCAAUACGACAGAUUCUACGUGGAAGGAGAAGAUGAAGGGUACCGACUGCACGUGUCAGGCUACAGCGGCACUGCAGGGGACUCUUUAGGAAAUGAAGGCAAAUCGGACAACUUCACCGCCAACGGCAUGAUGUUCACCACCCACGACGAAGAUCACGACACCUCUCACGAGAUCAACUGCGCGAAAUACUGGAAGAUCGGUGGGUGGUGGUUCAAUCGGUGCUCAUGGGCUAAUCUGAAUGGGCCUUACAGGGAGCAGGGAGAAGGUGAUGGCAUUGGGAUCAACUGGCACAUGUGGCGCAACAAAGAAUAUCUUCGCUCCUCCACCAUGAUGAUCAGGCCGUCCAGGGAUCCCUAAGCUGUGUACUGCUUCCUUCCACGAGCUGGCUUGAAACUAAUACCUUCGUACACAACAUGACGCUUCAUCAGACCCUCGAGUUACCUGCUUCCACCCAACCACUGUCUUAAAACUGACGAAAGAAAUCAUGCAUAAGUUAAUACUUGAGGAUUCUGAAAGUACUUUGUGACUGUCGAUAUAAUUAUUAAAGUAUAUUAAGAAAAACGUUAUAAUUGUUGUGUGACGUGUGGCAAACUAAGUAGAACCCUCCAGCCAAACAGAAAGUGAUGUAAGGUUUAAGAUAAAGUGGUUCAUUUCUUAGCAUAAUCCGUGAAGUUGCAAGGAAAUGAGUGAUGAAAAAGGAAAUAAACAAGCUAGUAAAGAAAUGAAUGAAUAAACGAUUAAACAUUCAAGACAAACGAAGAAAUCAACUGAGAAAAUUCAAGAGUAUUCAAUAAGUAGCGUGUUUUAUGUAUAGUGGUGUGUAUAAAAUCUUUUAUUUAGAAUUACGUAGAUCAGUUAAACAGUGGUGAAGAGCACAUGAAUCCUUUCAACGAUCCCUUCUCAUUUAGUUUAAGUUAAAAGUAUACCAGAUGUGUCAUUCCAGUGUCGCAAAUAUUAGUAAAUUAUAUUUUGAAAUAGAAAUAAACUUUUUUUUAA